CUGCACCCCUAGAAACCUGGCCCACCAAUCCUGCGGUGAUGGAGAGUUUAGGGACAAAAAUAGCCUCAGUGGUGUGGCUUGUGUUCGCAGAGUAAUGUCAUGGGUGCGCUCUACUAUUAGGGGAGGCAGCCUUUAUCUUUAAUAACCUACGCUACUACCUCAUUCUACAGAACGCAUUGUAACAAAAUGGUUAUAAAAGUAUUUCUAGCUUCUUCAUCUGGAUCAACAGCGGUAAGCAUUUACCCGAGUCUUUGUUUUUAAAUGCUAUUAACUUUGUUGGCCGGUUUCCCACGACUUUUGUUCAGCUCUUAAUUCAUGCGUUUAUGUGACUGGCAAACAGAUUAAAAUCGGUUCAAAUUAUUAUAGGCAAUUUAGCGGUUUGUCAACUUUUAGUACCAUUAUUUGGGUCUAACUUCUCAGUUGAGGAGCACUGGGACUACCCGAGUUUCCUUAUAUAUCUUGACCGUCGCUGAGAUCACAUUCCAAACCUGCAACAGCAAUCUGUUGAAAAUGAAUCACCAUGCAUUCACUUGCAGAACCUUCUGGAAUAUAUUUGAAUUACCUCAAACCUAAUCUACAGUAUCAAAGAAAAUGUACACUACAUUACCAAAAGUAUGUGGACACCUGCUCGUCGAACAUCUCAUUCCAACAUUAUGGGCAUUAACAUGGAGUUGGUCCACCUUUGCUGCAAUAACAGCCUCCACUCUUCUGGGAAGGCUUUCCACUAGAUGGUGGAACAUUGCUACAGGGACUUGCUUCCAUUCAGCUACAUUAGUGAGGUUGGGCACUGAUGUUGGACGAUUAGGCCUGGCUCGCAGUCGGCGUUCCAAUUCAUCCCAAAGGUGUUCGAUGGGGUUGAGGUCAGGGCUCUGUGCAGGCCAGUCAAGUUCUUCCACAUGGAUCUCGACAAACCAUUUCUGUAUGGACCUUGCUUUGUGCAUGGUGGCAUUGUCAUGCUAAAACAGGAAAGGGCCUUCCCCAAACUGUUAACACAAAGCUGGAAGCACAGAAUCGUCUAGAAUGUCAUUGUAUGCUGUAGCUUUACGAUUUCCCUUUACUGGAACUAAGGGGCCUAGACCGAACCAUGAAAAACAGCCCCAGACCAUUAUUCCUCCUCCACCAAACUUUACAGUUGGCACUAUGCAUUGGGGCAGGUAGCGUUCUCCUGGCAUCCGCCAAACCCAGAUUCGUCCGUCGGACUGCCAGAUGAUGAAGCGUGAUUCACCACUCCAGAGAACGCGUUUCCACUGCUCCAGAGUCCAAUGGCAGCGAGCUUUACACCACUCCAGCCAACGCUUGGCAUUGCACAUGGUGAAUUUAGGCUUGUGUUCAGCUGCUCGGCCAUGGAAACCCAUUUCAUGAAGCUCCCGACAAACAGUUCUUGUGCUGACGUUGCUUCCAGAGGCAGUUUGGAACUCGGAAGUGAGUGUUGCAACCGAGAACAGACGAUUUUUACGCGCUUCAGCACUCUGCAGGCCCGUUCUGUGAGCUUUUGUGGCCUACCACUUCGCGGGUGAGCUGUUGUUUCUCCUAGAUGUUUCCACUUCACAAUAACAGCACUUACCGGGGCAGCUCUAGCACGGCAGACAUUUGACGAACUGACCUGUUGGAAAGGUGGCAUCCUAUGAUGGUGCCACAUUGAAAGUCACUGUGCCAUUCUACUGCCAAUGUUUGUCUAUGGAGAUCGAUGGCUGUGUGCUCGAUUUUAUACACCUGUCAGCAACGGAUGUGGCUGAAAUAGCUGAAUCCACUAAUUUGAAGGGCGUGUCCACAUACUUUUGUAUAUAUAGUGUAUGAUAUGUGAAUGGGUUCUUUGUCCAGAAACUAUAAAACAAGAAGUGAAAAGCUUUCAUUAAUGUAUUAGUCUUCUACUCUCCCCAACCUAAUAAUAGAAAAAAGCAGCCAAACAUGAUCUCAUAAAGAAUAAACCUAUCUAUACUGUGUUUGUUGUCUGCCUGUACACCUGUGUGAUGGUCCAGAUCAAAAAGAAGCAACAGGAUGUGCUUGGGUUCCUGGAAGCCCUCAAAGUGGACUACGCUCAAUUGGACAUUGCCUGCAAUGAGGACAACCGCAUGUGGAUGAGGGAAAAUGUCCCUGUGGAGAAAAAGCCCACCAACGGGAUCCCCCUACCCCCUCAGAUCUUCAACGAAGAGAGCUACUGUGGGGUGAGCAUAACAAGAUCAUGUAGAAGGUGUGGUGACCAACAAGCCUACUCCCUACUGAAUGGUUCAGGUAAAGGUGGGGGGAAAGUGUCCAUUCAAAGGCUGAGAAAACGAUUGGGGACUAAACAGAAAUGUCUCAUUUGUCUUUUACCAUAGGACUACGAGACAUUCUUUGACGCCAAAGAAGACAAUGCAGUGUAUGCCUUCCUGGGUCUGCCACCUCCUCCAGGGUCCAAGGUUGGAAUUCAACUUUCACUUACUUUUCUAAAAUUUUAAUUAUGUUUAUAUAGCUUUUUAGCUAUAGAUUACAACCACACAACGUGUUUUCCACUCAAGGGAUUUUAUAAUGCAAAUAAACUCGCCCCAAAAUGGUUCACCUCCAUGUCAGGGCCAGGCAGUUUUAAUGUUUGUUUAGCUGAAAUGCUCAGCCAUGUAUUGUCCUCCUAAUUUGUUUUCGCUCAAUUGCCUUUAGUAGGUUGAGACAUGUCUGAGUGCACUCCACAUAUCAUAUUCCUUUGGAGGGCAAGUAGGAGUUAGUGAGGUUAAUUGUAUGAGAGGGAUACAAUGUGACAUGUAGGCUAACGUAGUUGAGGAUGAUGCAACUGUGUUAAACAACCUGCCAAUUUUCCUUGGUGCAGGAAGCGAAAGAGGCGGAAAAGGCAUUUAUCCUUGAGAAUAGGCCUGUUGAAAAUGGGACUGUUGAGAAUGGGCCUGUUGAAAAUGGGACUGUUGAGAAUGAGACCGUUGAGAACGGAACCGUUGAGAGUGAGACCGUUGUGAACGGAACUGAUGAUGCUGAGGAUGAAGAGAACCUUGAAGCUGAGGAGGUUGAGGAGGAGAACCUUGAUGACACACUAGUAAUACCUUUCUCUGAUCCCCUCAGUCCCUGUCUCACCUUUACCAUUUCUCCCCGGUUUCCUCCCAUCCAGCAUAACCUUUUUGUAUAAUAGGACUGUUCUUACAGAAGAGUCUGAUGCUGUUGUAAAAAAUUAUGAUAUGAACAUUUAUAUGGAGAUAUAUUAAGAAAAAAGUACAUUAAGCAAACUUCUCAACUCACUUUGGGAUGCUGCCAAACCGAAGAGAUUGACCUGGUGCAUGAGCAUCACAGAGAAAUUAUUUUUUAUAUUUUUUUUCAAGGAGGUGGCCAGGGACAGCAGAGAAAGUAUUGCCCAGCUGAACCUGUGAUCUUCCUCUAACAAAUUCCACAGGCUUUUAGAGGGUGCUGUUUCAAGAAGAGUGCAAAUUGAGUUCAUUUUACUGGACCAGCUUCAUGGGUAUUUCUGGGAAAACAGUUCAGCCGCCCUCUGCUUUCGCAGUUAUCCAGAGUACCAGGCCGGUUUAUUUUCCAUUUAAGUUGCAAUGAUGUGGUACUGUUGACUGGACUGAUUUAGCUGGCUUCCGGCAGUGUGAUAAUAUGCAGUCUUCCUUGCUACAGCAUACAUCAUUGCAAACCUCUCAUUUCUCUCCACAGCACCAAUAUGCUGCUAUUCAUCACCUUGUAACCAUAUGUAAUUUCCCUUCAUUUAUUCAUGCAUUUUCCUUUACUCAGAGGAGCUGCUGAUGCUGAUGCCUUACUCUGUGAUGUCUUUGAACAUGUGACUCCAGCAGUAGGGCUGCUCCCCUCCUGGUGUUUGUGUGCCCAUGACAGCUGCUGAGUCAUUACUAUUCGAAUACAUAGUAUUUUCCCCCUUGACGGCACAUGGGUGUUUUCACUCUAGGAAAGAGAGGUUCCGAUGGAGGAGUGCAAUGGAGAUGAACACACAGAGGAGAUGGAAGCAGAGGUGGGAGGAGAAACAGGAGAGGAGGCAGCAGAAGAGGCCGCAGAAGAGAAGGUUUCAGAGGAGGAGGAGGAAGCCGCAGAAGACACUGUAAUUGUCUCCCAGAAUCCUGUGCUGUGUCCUCCCGUGACAUCUCUAUCUCUUUAAUGUUUUAUUUUCCUCUACCUCAGGGUUUUGUUUCCCUCGAGCUCCUGUUGUCCUCGUCUCCUCCUCAACUCUGGACCAUACUAACCCACCUGUAUACUGUUAUAUUGACUGUCCCAUAACUGUUUCAAUUGACUGUUCUGUAACUGUUUCUAUUGACUGUUGACUGUUCUGUUUGUUCCUUAGAUCUGUUGGAUGUUCAACCACUUCUCUGUUCUGUAUUAGUUAACUGUAAUCUCUUUGUUUGUUGUUUAGUUUUUUAGUUUUAAUUGACUCCAUUUGCAGCCUUUGUGUCAUCUCAAUGACUGCUACAUAGUCAUUGGUCUUGAUUUUCUUUUAUAUGUACUAUGUCCUUUGUUCCACAACCAUGUCUAGGUGUGUAUGUGUUGUAUGUGUUUCCAUGUCUAGGUGUGUAUGUGUCGUUCCACUGUCCAUCCAUGUCUAGGUGUGUAUGUGUUGGUGGGGGUCCUCUGGAAAUCCCACAAUGUUGUUGUUCAAUGUGCCUGAUCUGUGAGAUCUGUUCAAGUUGCACGACCUCCCAUGUAGAAGUGUCUCAUCCAUGUUUGAGGAGAGGUUCUCUGUUUCCCACAUGUCUCCUUGAGGUCAUGCUAUCAUUCUAAAAAUACUGAUACACAAUCUUUUCUAUUUUCUACCCUUUCUGUCAGAAGGCCCCCGUGAAGGAGGAAGAAGCCCAGGUAAAGUGUUUUUACAUUUCUGAAAAGUAUUGAAAUCAAAUAGAAAUUUGGGAGUCAUGUUUUUCUCACUGUUUUUCUCUCUUAUCCUAAACAGGAAGAAGUAGAGGAUGAGGAGGCUAAGGUAACAGGCGACACUGUGUCCACCGGAGUAAUGCCUGAUAUGAAGGGCAUUAUCAUUAAUAACAGCCAUUGCUCUCUGCAUUGUGCCAUCUGCCCCACUAAGUAACGCUUUUAGCCUGGAUCCAAUAGACCUGGCACAUGGUUCCAUACUACAUUGUGCCUUUAUUGAACUCUAAUAUUCUGGAAUUAAGUAAAUUAUUAACUUUUUUAGUCAUUCAACUAUUCUAAACAAAGCAUAUACAUGUAGGUCUAAAAGGGACAUACAGAUGUUAGGUCUAUGUUUUCCUGGCCAUAGUCCCUGAUUAUAAAUCAGUACUAUGAAGUUUCUCUGCCAAUGCCCAGGCCCAGCUAUGUCUGCUAGCCAAAACAUGAUUACAUCAUACAUGCUUAAUAACAUGCUAUAUACACUUGCAAAGUUUCUCACUCACCAGCAGCUUCAUUCAUUAAUUAAUGCUUUUAUUGUGACAUGAAAGCUGUAUUGAGAAUGGUAAAGGUUAUAUAAAGGCAAAAGCCUGACUGAUCAGCAAAGGUCAAAUUUCACAUUGUUUUAAUGUCUCAUACCACUGUUGUGUUCUGCUGGGCUCAGAAGUGCCUCAGAAGCGAAUGCUGGUGUUGAAUACAAUGUGCUGUGGCACAAACAAACAGACGCGGAGUAAACCGAGACAUGUGUUAGUGUUACUCUGGGCACUGUUGUUCACUACGGAGUGAACCACUGUAAACUCGUUAUUGAUAAGAUAUUAAGUUAUAUGCUAUUGAAUAGGUUCAACUGAAUAUAUCCAUCAGACUUAUGUGUCAAUAGAUAUCAAAGCACUUGUGAUGUUAUUGGAUUGUACACUGCUCAAAAAAAUAAAGGGAACACUAAAAUAACACAUCCUAGAUCUGAAUGAAUUAAAUAAUCUUAUUAAAUACUUUUUUCUUUACAUAGUUGAAUGUGCUGACAACAAAAUCACACAAAAAUUAUCAAUGGAAAUCAAAUUUAUCAACCCAUGGAGGUCUGGAUUUGGAGUCACCCUCAAAAUUAAAGUGGAAAACCACACUACAGGCUGAUCCAUCUUUGAUGUAAUGUCCUUAAAACAAGUCAAAAUGAGGCUCAGUAGUGUGUGUGGCCUCCACGUGCCUGUAUGACCUCCUUACAACGCCUGGGCAUGCUCCUGAUGACUCCUAGACAGUCUGUGGUGCAACGUGGCGUUCGUGGGUGGAGCGAGACAUGAUGUCCCAGAUGUACUCAAUUGGAUUCAGGUCUGGGGAACGGGCGGGCCAGUCCAUAGCAUCAAUGCCUUCCUCUUGCAGGAACUGCUGACACACUCCAGCCACAUGAGGUCUAGCAUUGUCUUGCAUUAGGAGGAACCCAGGGCCAACCGCACCAGCAUAUGGUCUCACAAGGGGUCUGAGGAUCUCAUCUCGGUACCUAAUGGCAGUCAGGCUACCUCUGGCGAGCACAUGGAGGGCUGUGCGGCGCCCCAAAGAAAUGCCACCCCACACCAUGACUGACCCACCGCCAAACCGGUCAUGCUGGAGGAUGUUGCAGGCAGCAGAACGUUCUCCACGGCUUCUCCAGACUCUGUCACGUCUGUCACAUGCUCAGUGUGAACCUGCUUUCAUCUGUGAAGAGCACAGGGCGCCAGUGGCGAAUUUGCCAAUCUUGGUGUUCUCUGGCAAAUGCCAAACGUCCUGCACGGUGUUGGAUUGUAAGCACAAUCCCCACCUGUGGACGUCGGGCCCUCAUACCACCCUCAUGGAGUCUGUUUCUGACCGUUUGAGCAGACACAUGCACAUUUGUGGCCUGCUGGAGGUCAUUUUGCAGGCCUCUGGCAGUGCUCCUCCUGCUCCUCCUUGCACAAAGGCGGAGGUAGCAGUCCUGCUGCUGGGUUGUUGCCCUCCUACGGCCUCCUCCACGUCUCCUGAUGUACUGGCCUGUCUCCUGGUAGCGCCUCCAUGCUCUGGACACUACGCUGACAGACACAGCAAACCUUCUUGCCACAGCUCGCAUUGUUGUGCCGUCCUGGAUGAGCUGCACUACCUGAGCCACUUGUGUGGGUUGUAGACUCCGUCUCAUGCUACCACUAGAGUGAAAGCACCGGCAGCAUUCAAAAGUGACCAAAACAUCAGCCAGGAAGCAUAGGAACUGAGAAGUGGUCUGUGGUCACCACCUGCAAAGCCAGUCCUUUAUUGGGGGUGUCUUGCUAAUUGCCUAUAAUUUCCACCUGUUGUCUAUUCCAUUUGCACAACAGCAUGUGACAUUUAUUGUCAAUCAGUGUUGCUUCCUAAGUGGACAGUUUGAUUUCACAGAAGUGUGAUUGACUUGGAGUUACAUUGUGUUGUUUAAGUGUUCCCUUUAUUUUUUUGAGCAGUGUAGUAAUAAUCCAUUUGUUAAAAUCUGUAUUUCCUAGUUACAGUAACCUGGUGAAAGCAAGUGAGUUGAUCCAAAGCCAAUCAUUACUAUUCGUUGUUUUAGGGAGAAGACGAUCAGCCGGUUUCUGAGGUAGAUCUACAUUUACAUUUACUUUGAAUUGUGUUCGAUGUUCAAUAGCUGUAGUGUUCAGUCCUUAAAUUGAAUUAAUUAAAUACUGUAGUCUCAGUUUCUGAGCUAAGGGCCUUGGGUGUUCAGUUUUAAUGUGUGGUUUGUUUGCAUCCUUGUGAUUGUGGUCUGUGUCCAAUGUCCAGACAACUAACCUCACAUAUUCUUCUUUGGUGUAGCGUUUCUACGGGGGGCCAGUAUAAAAAAAUAUGUAUUCACUAACUGUAAGUCGCUCUGGAUAAGAGCGUCUGCUAAAUGACUAAAAUGUAAAUGUAAUGAAUGCUUGAAACCCCUCUUCCUUCUUUUGUAGUUUUUGUCCCCGUCUCAUUUUCCACAGGUCUCCUGUGGAGGGAUUGCUGUAUGUUUGGAUGCAUUUCAUCUUAAUCCUUGACACAGUUUUAGAACACUACUGAUAUUUUCUAUGGCAUGCCACCUUAGUGAUAUAAUCAUUAGAUACCCUAGUCAAUAACAUUCCUAUUUGUCAUUUGAUAAGAUAGUUUGAUGAUUUGAUUUUGAAAAAUGUAAUGCUCGUUUAGCUGCUACUCUGUCUACAUUUAAAUAUAUAUUGUAUAAGUAGUUAACACCAGAUACAGUAACAAGGAUAGUACAGUAAGUCUAAAUAAAUCCAAUAAAGUCACAUAAAGAUAAUUAAGCUGAACUAAAUAUUUUAGGGCUCCAGCUUGGUUCAUGUUGAAUCAUGCAUGUAAAGCUAUCUGCAAGAGGGUCUCCUCCUCCAGCAACUCCUUGUACCUCCUCCACACAUUGACCCCUCCCCCCUUUGCCCUUUUCCCCAUCUCUUGGUUUGGUUUUCCAGGGAGAAGAGGAUUUGGGGUCGGAGGUAACUGGAUGUCUGCGACUGUGAAUUUCUCUGGUUGUUCCCUUAGUCACCAGCUGUGUGGGUUUGUCUGGCAGAGAUCAGAAGCCUUUGUGUUGUGGGACGGAAGAGCUUGUCUUGUGAUCUAUCUGCUGUUCGUUCCCUCAUCAGUAGCCUGUGUUCACGCCCUCCAAACCUCUGUCCGUCUCCCCUCUCUUUUAGCCUUCCUCUUCCUCAUUUCUUCCCUAGUCCUGUAGCUGCUUCCUUCCUGUCAGCCUGAACUAUCCCUGUAGAUUCCAUUUUAAACAACAUACUUUUCCUAUAGCGCAUGCCUCUGGUGACACCUCUGACCCCUCCAUCUACACCACUGACACUUAAUCUCAUCCUUUCUAGGAGGAAGAAGAGCUGCGACAGCUUGAGGUAGAUUGAUACGAGUUUUUUUUAAACUACACUCGUCCCCCUCUACCUCUCCACCAUUCUAUCUAUCUGCUUUUCUUGCUUCCACAUCUUGCACAGUUUAUUCAGCGUUCCUUCAAUUUCCUCUUUGACUACUUUUUGUGUAGAUUAAACAGACCCUAUCUCACCUAUGGCAUCUGAACAGACUGUAGCCUUUACUAUAUUUCUUUAGCCCUCUCUGUCAUGCCAGAUAAUCUCAAUCACAUAGUUGGAUGAACAACAUGGUAACUCUGGUAGCCAUCAGAACACAGACCAUGAUAGAGAAACCCAGCACUGUCAUUCAUACUGAUUUUAGUAAAUUACACACACACACACACACACACACACACACCCCCCCCACACACACACACACAGAGCCUCUCCAACAUUCCAAACUGCCACUGCCUGCCCUCCCUCCUCUUCCACACAAGCUUCACUGCUUUUGCUCUCUUCUUCCUCCCCUUUCUUGCUCUCCUCCACCUCCUCCACCUCCUCCACCUCCUCCUAUAUUUUCAUUGCAGGAGCAAGAAGAGAGUUUCCUCUGGUUGUAAUUUGUGGCGUCUUCUGUGGAUCUUAGAUCUCUCUCUCUAUCUCUCUAUGUCUGUCUGUGCUGCUGCAUGGGUUGUGGUCUCUGUGGUACAGAUAACUGAUGGUGUGCAGCAUGACACAACAUCUCCAACACGGUCAUUUGGUAUAUUUAUGGUUAUAAUAAUCAUAAUAAUAAUAAUGAGAACAUUAAGUAACACAGGGUUUUCCUCCCUCUUGAAGUCUCCUUAGUGACAUGCCGUUUCACUUAUCUCAAAUAUAGGUUGUUGUAUCUCUUGCCUUUGUUCCCUCUUUGACAUGGAAAUGCUCAAAACCCCUGAUAUCCCCAUCCUUAGGAAGAAGAAGAGGCCCCAGAGGUAACAGAGGUAUAUUCUGUCUGUGCUCCCAGCCCAUUGCAUGGUGUGGCCCCUGACGUGGAGUAAACGGAUCUUAGGCAUAUGUGGAUUUAGUGUGGGUUUGUGAAGAGCUCUCUACCCUUUUAUUCCACAAGGCUGCCAGCAUCCCUCCUGUGGUAUGCUGUCUUUAAAAUUUGGAAAUUAUCUGGACUCUGGUUGGGGUUUUGAUGCAGUGUGACUGGGAUGAGGUCAUUGUCCGUUGGUUUACGUGUGAAUUGGAUCUUACAGUGUUGCAUAGGAAUCUCUAGUGACUUGACGAAAACCCGAUGACAAACGGGAUGUUUAAAAAGCCAUUGGCAUGGCUUCUCUUUGCGAGGAGAGUCUUGAGACUGAGUGUGGACAGGACAAGCACUGCAGAAGAUUAAUGGACUGUUUGUUAUUGUGCAAUGAUCCCCCACAACAAGAUCUUGGCAGUGUCAUAUAUGUUGCACCAGACUACACUCUUUAAAUAAUUUGUUACCGUGGACAUAAUUUAUCAAAUCUUGAAUACACAGCAAGCACUAUAUCCACAAGCAAGUUUUCUGGUAAACUUAGUCAUUAAAAACAGUGAAUUCAUUGGUCACAGGACUAAGUAAUUGCACUUCACCACCUUUUUAAAAUUUAGCCCAUAGGGUAAAGGCUAUUUACGUUUGUAGAAAUGUAGCUAAUUGCAUUAGCGCAACACCAUGCUCAACCCAACAGAUGCACCUCGGAUGGAAUGUGGUCUGAUGAUUUGUGAAGUAUGCAGUGCCUUGCAGUUUCGUUGUCAUAUGACACCACCCCAUAGAGGGCCUUGCUUAAAGGCCCACACUACUCUUACUACUUCACUAGCAGUUAAGGGAAUGGUGCACUAUCCCUGUGGCUAACUUGUUCCCUUGGCCUAAGUAGUGGAUAUAUUCCUAGUGUUCCUAGUGUCUUCCCAAUCUCAUCUCUCCUACCUGUUUUCUUGAUGCCUCCCCUGGAUUAUAAUAUGGUUUGACUCCCUUUUAACCCAACUAUACAUGCUACUUUUUCGUUUCCCCUGUGCUGGACCCUUCCCUUCACCAAAAAAAUCUUUUUUUGUAUUUUUUUUGUUAUGCCAAGGAGGAAGAAGAAGAAGUGACAGAGGUAGAGGAAGCAGAGGUAGUAUAUCAACCAGCAAACACACGGAUGUUCUCACCAGUGUUCGCCUUGAUGCAAAAACUCUUGUUCCACUUUGAGAAGGAUCUGAGCAAGACAUUAGCCAGCUGAAUAUUCUACUGAAUCUUUGUUAUGGUUAUUGAUGGUGAUAACUGCCUUAUCUGAAUGAAAUCAGUUGCUCCACUCCUCAGUAAUCUUGUUCAACUGUAAUCAAGCACAGCUGAGAGAUAACACUUAAUUGGCAAUGGAAGUUUUGUUCUGGAUGCUCUCUUUAUUAAACUAGCACUGUAAAAUGAGUCAUCUGUGCUCUUUUUUUUAUUUAAAUAAACUAAUAUGGAGUUCAACUACAGUCUGGCUCUUAUAUUGAUAGUACUGAGUGGGAUAUCUUGGUUCUCCUCUGAUCUGAUGUCUUGCUUUACCUUGUCAUCAACAUUGUCAUUACUCAGUUUUCUUUUUUCAGCAGGAAGAAGAGGAUGAAUAGUUACAGCCAGGAAAGGUUUAGGAUGUCAUUUACUACUGCCCAGGUAAAAUAAACUACUUUAUUACUUAAUCAGAAUUCUCUUCUCUGCCACUGGGUGGCAGUAUGAGAGCAGGUAGUUUGCAGUGAACUGAUGGCUGCAUCGUAUAACUCAUAAACAUGUCUUCUUGUUACUGAAUGUCUUUCUAGAGUAAUUUAAAAAGAAAACAAUUCAGUACAUGUAUUACUCUGUGCCUUUUUGACCCAUUUAUCAAAUGUGUCUUCAUACUGGCAUUAUUAAACCAUUGAAUUAUAUUAUUUAGUGCCCUAACUGUACCUAGGUAAUAAUCUGUAUGAGAUCAUACAGAUUACAUAUAUAAAUCCUAAAACCACAUAACCCAACCAGUGUAAAGUGAGGAUAUAAUCCCUGUCUGAAAUGUACACUGUGUUGCUGUUCUGUAUUGGUAGCUGUGUGUUUUCAUAAGUGUUCUGUCAGAGAAGCUACAGAGAACAGAGCAUUGGGCUAUUUAACAGGGACUGUCACCAGUCUCUUUACACAAAAAGCUUCAUUGAGCACAGAAUGCCUGAAGGAUCCAUUGAACAGCCGUAUAAAACGAUAUCACAUGAAUUCUCUUUUCUCUCCCUGUGGCAGUGAUGAUAAUAAUAAUAGUAAUAAUCGUAAUCUUCAAAGCCGCACUCAUCGCCCCUCUCCAGUAGUGUAGGAAAAGGCUCUGCUCGCUGCAGGAGAGGGAACAGCCUGAGACUUUGAUCGGAUGGCACAGCCCACCGCACCCCCCUCCCCUCAUAAAAACCAAACCUGUCACCCCAGGUUAGAGAAAGCAGCUAAGUGAGCUACUGAAUUGCCUCGGGAGGGACUGGCACUCAGGAUGGCAUGGGCAGUUUGGGCACAGUGGUGACUGGAAGCUUAGGACCCACAGCCGCUAGCAGAGGCGCAUUGGUGACCUUUCUUUUCUCUUCCAGCCUAGAGAGACCGCAUGUUCCGGCCCUUCCUGACCCCCCCCUGACCCCUCAGACUGCCCCCCACCCACCGGACUACCCACGAUGCCCCCAACUGCUCACUGGGAACGCACAUGUCCCCCUGCUGGACCCUGCUGGCUGAAACCUGCCAAUCACACACUAUCUGUACGGCCCACCCAGAGAUAACCCCCUGUUUUACCAGAUGUUUAUAUUGCGUAGGGGACUAGGACGAGAGAACAUGUAUUGCUGUACUUCAUUUGUAUAACAUUGUUAGUUUAUGGUAGCUUCCAUCCAGUGCGUAGCUCAAUUACAUAGUGUUCUCAGUUUGUAGUUUUUAGCAGCUUUUCUAAUUGUACAUACACAGUCAUAUGUUAAGCAUUUAAAUAUUUCAGACAUACUUCUCAUGUUUCAAAUUGAAAAUGGUAGUUUUAUACCACAGUUUGUAAAGGAUGAUGAGCAUGCCACCACCGACACCUUAGCAGUCAAUGACCGACAGCUAUAACCCUGUGAGUAUCUGAGUGAAGAGCACUCUAUUGUGAACUGCAACCAGUGAAUGGACUCUCAGACUGAAACAAAUCUAUCAAUGCAGCGCCUCUCACUCGAUGCCGGCAAAUAUGUUAGAUCUAUAUGUGUGAAUGCAACCCAGUGACUCUCUAUGCCUCAGUCCAACAUGAGAAAGACCCUCAUGUAGGGUUUCCACUAGCUUCCAUAGCCACAACGUCAGAUUCCACAGCCACAAAGUCAAAUAUGACUUUGGUCUUACUUCAAGGUUAGGGUUAAGCAUAAGGUUAGCAGUGUGGUUAGGGUUAGGUUUAAAAUCAAAUUUUAAGAAGAGAAAUUGUAGAAAUGGGUUUAGCCAUAAUUAUGACUUUGUGGCUGUGGAAACUAGUGACGACCCUCAUGUAGCGUGCCUUAUGACUGUGUUUGCAGCUACUGGACACCGUUCACUGAACAUUACUGUCUGCUGAUCUACUGUGCACUUUGUUGAAUGUAAAAGGAAGUGGGUGACUAAGAUCCCCCUAGAUGUAAGAGAAGUGAAAUGCCAAUAAAGUAGAGUGGUGUAAACAGCUCCCCAUGGUCUAUUAUGCUCUAUUUUCAAUUCAUUGUGUUUUUUUUAUAGAUCAAUGUACAAUGUUAAGCAUAUACAGUACAAUAGGAGGAUAAACAUUGCAUAUUACCAUAAAUAUCCUGUAAUUAAUGAAUAACAUGAUAUCUAUGAUUAUAACAACAUAUAAGUUUGAGAAGUUACAUCGAGAUUACAUAAUACAAAUGUUAUAGUACCAGUGGUGUAAAGUACUUAAGUAAAAAUACUUUAAAGUACUGCUUAAGUAGUUUUUUGGAUAUCUGUACAUUACAUUACUAUCUAUAUUUUUGACUACUUUUACAUUUACUUCGCUACAUUCCUAAAGAAAAUAAUCUACUUUUUACUCCAUACAUUUUCCCUUACACCCAAAAGUACUCGUUACAUUUUGAAUGCUUAGCAGGACAGGAAAAUGGU